GAGUGACUUAAAACGUGUAGACGGGUUUCUGUGUGCCACAAGUAAAGCGAAAGGCUUCUGCGGACCCUGCUUCUGCUCGACGGGUAAAGCUAUCUGCGUAAGCCUAUCCCACACGGGCGACGAAACCGUCGCGCGUCGAUCUCACAACUCCAGAAUGCUCCAGCGUUCCGUAAUAAGCGAAGAACAUUACACAAAGUCAGGUAUGCUAAUCGAAAACAGCAGAUGCGAUCGGUUCAUACCCAGUGAGCCCGCCUAAACCUUCCUGCCGGCGCCAUUGCAACCCGCGCACUGAUACCGCUCAUACGCGCUUGAGGGAGCAAGCUGACGUCACUUCUAAACAUGCGCUUGAUUGGCUCUGGCGGUCCGUAGCUUUGGCUCGGGGUCCAACGUAAGGUGAAACGGAGUAUAGUAUCGCUUCUCGGCCUUCUGGCUAAGAUCAAGUGUAGUAUCGCUUCUCGGCCUUUUGGCUAAGAUCAAAGUGCCCCUGGGACCUGCCCCUGAGACCUGCCGCCGGGACCUAUCUGGUCAACCAGGAGCUGGAUGGGGGACCUGCCCCACCAUGGCAGACCCCACAGCCUGCAGUCCAACGGUGCCGCCCGACCGGACAUUGGGAACGAGGAGACGCAGCAGUGGCAUCCCGGUGCCAUCGCCUCCGACGCCAAGGGCAUCGAACCCCCCAGCCCCACCCCAAUCGGCGCUCAGUGAAGGUCAGCAGCCGCGCCGGGAUGUAGAUACGCUUUUCGUCUCCUUCCCGGCUCCACACGUCUUCAAGUGCCCAGAGGAAGGCUGCUCAGCUGCUUACACUGCGGCUGCCUGGACUGCCAAACGACAAUCACUGCAGCGGCACCUCGAGGGAGACCCCGGCAUGCGCAUUCGCCGCACGGUCAACCUCUGCACCUUGUGUGGGGCCACGCUGGGGACAAGGCCGACAUCGCACCCAUGCCUGGCGAAUGGCAGAGCUGCUGCUGCACCCACUCAGCAGCGGCACCAAUGCACCAGAUGUCCGCACUCCUUCCCCUCCAGAAAAGGCCUACACAACCACUUGCAGUGGCACACCAAGGAGGAGGCGAAGCAAAUGCGAGCAGCCAGCUCCCAGGCAAGCACCCUCCCCAUGGAAGAGGCGCAGCGACCGCCUGCAACACUAGCCGCCUGCAACACCCCGAUGCUGGGCACCCACAUGAGCCUGGCACAUACAAGAGCACCAAUCCCCGGACCUGCAUGUUCAAGCAUGCCGGACCCUGUGGCGUCGACUCCGGAGUCAGACAUCACGCACGACGAGGACCCUACCGGCACCUCGACAGAGUGGGAACCGAUCGACGAUUCCUGCAUACUCCAGGAACACACAAGGCAAUUGAGAAGGCUAGCUACUCGGGGAACCUGUGUCUCCUGCAGGGUGGAGCAGCUUCACCACCACUCUUAAGGAUGCAAUUGAGGCAGUGACGACAGCCGUGAAGCUCCCCUCCGUAACAUCUGGAGAAAGGCCUCGCCGUGAAGUCAGUCCCAACUGCCCACAGCAGAUCCAGUCCCUGUACCGCCGCAAUCGCCGUCGGGCAGUGAGACUCAUCGUCGAGGGUCCCUCCACGCAGUGUCCAGUCCCACUGGACGAGCUCCAGGCCCACAUUACCACCACAUGGGCCCCUAGGGAGGUUGACACGGACCUCCUCAUGGCCCGGGUGCCAGCAGCAGGCGAGAUAUCCAUGGCUGCCGUCACCGACGACGGGGUGGCGACCCGCCUGCGGCGCUGCGAGAGUACGGCACCCGGGGGCGACCGCUUGACUUACCAACACUGGCGAACUGUCGAUCCCGAGGCCUCCUUCCUUGCGGCGGCAUUCAACAUCUGCCUACGUCAUCGCCGCGUGCCAGACACCUGGAGGGAGUCGAGGACGAUUCUCAUCUACAAGAAGGGAGAUCGGCAAUACCCCGCCAACUGACGCCCAAUCUCC